AUGCAACGCAAGAACAACAAAUCAGACUGUCUCUCCCCUCGCAUGGAUAGGUUGAGUGUCAGUACCCGAAGCGAUUCUUGCUCCGCCAUGACUCCCAUCUUGGAAGAAGAACAAAAAACAACAACACCAAAGAAACGAAACUCGGCAUUGGAGAUCUUUAUGCAAGACCUAUUGGCUGGGCGACAGACAGAAUUGAUCAUUGACUCUGCGAGAUCAUCACCUACCAAGUGUUGGGACUCAUUGGAUGAUUCUGUUAGAUCCUCGCCAAGCAAGAGUUGGGAUUCAUCCGAUGAUUCGUCCUCGAGUCAUCAUUCUCCAUCACGGGUCAAACGUUGA